AUGCUGCGACACCCUGCUUCACGCGUUGUCCUGCGCUCGCUGAAUGCUGCCCACACGCAGCAGCUUCGCACAUCGCUUAAUGCCAAGUCUCCCGUUGUCUCUAGACUGUGCACGCUGAGCAACAGCAAGCGCCCGCAGAGCGCACCGUGGAAACCAGUCUCGGCAGUUCUGUGGCAGCGCCAGCGCUAUGCAUCGACUCAGUGGGAUAAGCCGGACACUAAGGCAGAGCAGGAGCUAGCUCAGAAGAAGCUCAAGCCUGAGCCCGAGCUGGUGUCGUCGACAUCGUCAAUCCACCCGGUGUUCGGUGAGGUCGCUACGCCGGAGCCAGCGAAGGAUCCAGACAUGAUGAAAGGCAUCAGGCAGGAUGUGGAAACCGUCAAAGAGACGUUCUCCCUCACCGAAGUGCCGCAUCAGGCAUACGUUCUUGGCCUGGCGGGGGUGCUUCCCUACCUGGGGACGUCGCUGUCGACGGUGGCAUGCGCGUAUGAAAUCAACCAUGCGGCGGCGGGCAGCAGCACCUUCCUGUCGGCAGACACAGCAGAGGCGCUUCUGCACAUCCUCGAGCCGCUGCAGGUUGGGUACGGAGCAGUGAUCAUCUCCUUUCUCGGAGCGAUCCAUUGGGGGCUCGAAUGGGCCGGAUAUGGGGGUCACCAGGGCUACCGACGAUAUGCCAUUGGUGUUGCGGCUCCGGCGGUCGCGUGGCCGACGAUCCUGCUCCCAGUCGAGUACUCGCUGAUUGCGCAGUUCCUGGCGUUCAACUUCCUGUACUAUGCGGACGCGCGGGCGACGGUCCGCGGGUGGACGCCGCCGUGGUACGGCACGUAUCGGUUCGUGCUGACCUUCAUCGUGGGCGCCAGCAUUGUGGUCAGUCUCAUUGGCAGGGGCCAGAUAGUGGAGAAGGUCGGCAAGCUGCCCAACCCUGUUGAUCGCGUGAUGCAGCUCAGGGAGGAUGCGGAGGAGGCGCUGCAGAAGGAGGAGGCGGCACGGCGGGCAGCCAUCGUGGCCCGCGAGGAGGGUGAUGAGGAAGCGAAGAUCCCCGGUGGAGACCCUGAAAUCAAGUCGGGCUUGUGA